CGGUUUCCGGUCGGCUCCCGCCCCACUCCGCCAUCAUGAAGUUGUGAACCAAAAAACGAAUGAGACAGAAAGGGUAAAAAAAGGAAAACAAUUCAUGAAUAACAUUUAUGUAAUGAUAAAAUAUGGUCGAGAGUGGAGCAAUUACCGGGGUCAGCUUUAAAUUGAUGAACUGUUUCCCAGUCGUAAUCUUCUGAUUGCUGGUGAGAAGACCAGCUCGUUAGCAUUUUGAUAGACUGCCAUAGCUAAUGCUAGAUAAAUCAUUUGUGAAGAAUGGAAUAUCAAUGAAAACAAUGUGGCUCGCUCGUGUUGAAUAGAGCAGAAGAGGUAACGUUAGAAGAGCAACCAAUAUUUUCCAUCCCAGGCCAGCUAGCUAGCUCUCCAGCUAGCUACAGUGGACCCCAAAAGCCACGCGUCAUCCCGAAGAAUACUCAAGGAUGUAAUCGCUGCCAAAGAUUUGUCUUUGGUGGGGUGCAGGCAUGCACCCAAAUUAGCAACUGGGAUGCCAUUGCCAACACCAACAUGAACAUUUUCGAUUGAAAACAAUUGAAGGAUUUUUGGCGUUGGGCAACAGAGCUAGGAAGGGGCAACCCCAUCCUUCAUAAUGGCGCUGGCCAUGCCAUCCAGUGUGCGGGCCGGGAGCCUGAAGGACCCGGAGGUAGCUGAGCUCUUCUACAGAGAUGACCCUGAGAAGCUGUUCACCGACUUGCGGGAGAUCGGCCAUGGCAGCUUCGGAGCGGUCUACUUCGCACAUGACAUCCGCACCAAUGAAGUGGUGGCCAUUAAGAAAAUGUCCUACGGUGGCAAGCAGUCCAAUGAGAAAUGGCAGGAUAUCAUCAAGGAAGUUAAGUUUCUCCAGAAACUGCAUCACCCCAACACUGUGGAGUACAGAGGUUGCUACCUGAGAGAGCACACAGCAUGGCUGGUAAUGGAGUAUUGUUUGGGUUCAGCCUCUGACCUACUGGAAGUCCACAAGAAGCCCCUCCAGGAACAGGAGAUAGCAGCCAUCACCCACGGUGCAUUGCAGGGCCUGGUGUACCUUCAUUCUCACAACAUGAUUCACAGGGAUGUGAAGGCUGGUAACAUCUUGCUGACCGAGCCUGGCCAGGUGAAACUGGGUGAUUUUGGCUCAGCCUCCAUCAUUGCCCCGGCCAACUCGUUCGUGGGCACGCCCUACUGGAUGGCUCCUGAGGUGAUCCUGGCCAUGGACGAGGGCCAGUACGACGGCAAAGUGGAUGUGUGGUCACUGGGCAUUACCGCCAUAGAGCUGGCGGAGAGGAAGCCGCCUCUGUUCAAUAUGAAUGCUAUGAGUGCCUUAUACCACAUUGCCCAGAACGAGAGUCCUGUUCUGCAGUCCAAUCACUGGUCUGAUUAUUUCCAUAACUUUGUGGACUCGUGUCUGCAGAAGAUCCACCAGGACAGACCUACCUCUGACGUGCUGCUGAAGCACCAUUUCCUAUGCAGAGAGCGUCCUCACACGGUGGUGAUGGACCUGAUAGCUCGCACCAAAGACGCGGUGCGGGAGCUGGACAACCUGCAGUACCGCAAAAUGAAGAAGAUCCUUUUCCACGAGGCCCUCAACGGGCCCCAGCCCGAGGGAGGGGAGGAGGAUGAGGACGUGGAGCAGUACAUGCUGCGGACAGGUACCGUCAACAGCAUGGAGAGCUCCCAUUCGCUGCCUUCCAUGUCCAUCAGCGCAAGCUCCCAGAGCAGCUCGGUCAACAGCCUGGCGGACGGUUCUGACGACAGCGGCGAGAUGGCCAUGAUGCAGGAGGGCGAGCAAACAGUCACCUCCAACAGCUCAGUCCUGCACAAGCCCCUGAGCCAUGACAACAUCUACGACGACCCCUACCAGCCCGAACUGGACGCACCGCAGCAGCCCCCGUCACGGGGUGAGGGAAGAGAAGGUGGCCGGCGGAAGGGACACCGCAGCCGAGAUCACUUUGCCACCAUCCGGACAGCAUCGCUGGUGACCCGGCAGAUCCAGGAGCACGAGCAGGGGUCGGCGCUGAGGGAGCAGAUGUCUGGGUACAAGCGCAUGCGGCGGCAGCACCAGAAGCAGCUGAUGGGCCUCGAAAACAAGCUGAAGGCGGAGAUGGAUGAGCAUCAGCUGAGGCUGGACAAGGAGUUGGAGAACCAGAGGAACAGCUUUGGAGGGGAGGGGGACAAGUUGAGCAAGAAGCACCAGGCUAUCCUGGAGAAGGAGACCAAGGCAGCCCUGGCUGAGGAGAAGAAGUUCCAGCAGCACAUCCUGGCCCAGCAGAAGAAGGAACUGACCAGCCUGCUAGAAUCCCAGAAACGCCAGUACCGCGCACGCAAGGAGCAGCUCAAAGAGGAACUGAACGAGAACCAGUUGACCCCCAAGCGGGAGAAGCAGGAGUGGCUGGUGCACCAGAAGGAGUGUCUCCAGCAGCUGCAGGCGGAAGAUGAGGCGGGGCUCCUGCGCCGCCAGAGGCAGUACUACGAGCUGCAGUGUCGCCAGUACAAGAGGAAGAUGCUGCUGGCGCGCCACAAUCUGGAGCAGGACCUACUCCGAGAGGACCUGAACAAGAAGCAGACGCUGAAGGACCUGGAGUGCGCAAUGCUGCUGCGUCACCACGAGUCCACCCAGGAGAUGGAGUUCCGGCAGCUGGGCUCGGUGCAGCGUACACGGGCUGACCUGAUCCGCACACAGCACCAGACGGAGCUCACCAAUCAGAUGGAGUACAACAAGCGACGUGAGCAGGAGCUGAGGCAGAAGCACGCCGUGGAGGUCCGCCAGCAGCCCAAGAGCCUCAAAGUGAGUGAGAGCGAGACCCCCAGUACCCAAACCCAGAACCAGCCACCUCCAGAGGAGGACAAGGGGGAGGAGUGGCAGGAGACAGGGGGGCUAAGGGGAGCCCAGGCUGGGACUGAGGGGGUGGAAGAGGUUGGGCUGGUAGAGGAAGGGGAGAAGGAAGAGGUGGAAGAAUGUGAAACCAAAGAGGAAAUGGAGGGAAACAAAGGAGAGGUUAGGAAAGGUUUUGAAGGAGGGAAAGAAAAGGUGGUGAGAGACCACAGUGGAGAUGGAGAGAUUGAGAAGGGAGAAGAGAAGGACGUGGGAGAUGGGGAUGAGGUUUGCUCCAUUGUAGAAACAAAGGUUGACGUAGAGGAGGAGAAGAGCGAGAAAAGCAAAGAUAACGAGGGUCAAGAACUUGAGUGGAAAACGGGGGAGGGAGAAGGAGAGCAAAGGCAGGUGGAGGGAGUGCAGUGGGGGGAGGAAGAUGAGGAAGACGAAGCGAGAUAUGUUCUCGACGAUGACGACGAUGAGGAGGAGGAUAGGGGCGUGGCAGACGGCUGUCCGUCUGAGCUCAUCUCCUCCCCAUCCCUGGAACGGAGGCAUGUCCGCGAUCAGCGCAAGGCGGACGAACUCUCUGAGUUCUACUUCCCCGACACCCUUGAGGAACUCGAACCCCUUCACCCCUCUGCCCCACCCCUUUCUCCGCCCCCUGUCCCCUCUUCCUUUCCCUCCCUCUUCUCUCAUGCCAUCUGCCUCCUCCUCUCCCUCUCAGCCGCCGCCCAGCCCUCCAACCUCACCUUCCUCAUACUCUCAGUCUUCCUCCUCUCCCUUCGUCGCUCUCCCCCUCUCCCCUCGCUGGCCUCCCUCCUCCUCUCGGGUGAGCUCGCCCUCCUCGCCCUCUUCUUCUCCUACCUCUUCCUCCGCUCCUGCUGCUCCCUCUCUCUCUCCACCUACCUGUCCCUCACUCUGUGGGCAUGCGGUCUUUUCAGCCUGGGCCUCUCGCUGAGCCUGGGUCUCUAUUAUGUCCCCGUAGCCCUGAUCUCUGCCUCCUUCCUCAGCUCGCCUUCCCUCUUCCUCUCCCUCUACCUUGUGGUGGUGCUGGUGGUGCGACCGGCGCGCGUCUUCCUACAAAACGCCCCCCGGAAACUCAACCGUUUGUGGAUGAGAUUCCUCUUUCGCCUCCCCCGCCCACUCUUCAACAUCUGCCAGUCUCUCCUUGGGGGCCUGGCGGAGCGCAGCCUCUAUGACAUGUUCCCCAAGGCCGGGCGCAACUGGGGCGGGCGCCAGUCCAAAAUCCCUGUGCCCCUAAAGAGCCUGCCCUUAGUGCGCCUAGCGGGCAGGGGCCACGUUGGCUCGCCCCUUGCCAUGUGCCUCCUCUGGGUCAGGCGCUUUAUCAGACGCCCCCUAGGGGUCCUUGCUGACCUGGCCAACUCGGUCGUGCUAAAGCUAGCUAGCAGGGUCCUUAAAGAGCUGCCUCCCGAGUGCCUGAGCAGACUUCGUACAUUCGGUCUGCUGAGAGAGGAGAAACCUAGCAGGUUGCCCAGGCUACUGCCCAGGGAGGUCAGAGAGAAGAAACAGAGUGAGAGGAGGAAGAGAGAGAGGGAGAGGCAAAGAAGGGAGGAGAGAGAAUGUAUGUUCAGAGAUGAGGGGAGGUGGGAAUGCGGGUUGAGACGAACGUCAUCUGGGCGGAGUGUGAGGGGUAAAGUGCGACCAUGGAGAUAGUAAGAGAGGGAGGGAGUUGGAUUGGGUGUGUGUUCCAUCUAUUACUGUCUGACCAUCGUGUGUUUGUUUCCUUUGAUUCAACCCUCCCAAAGAUGGGUAUACCUAUGAUGCACACAACCUAACACUGUGUUGCAUUGGCUGAAUGUAAUUGGCCAUUUAAUGUACUGUAUUGCCAAAAGCAUCCAGCAACUCCUGUCAUGUCACUGUCUUAUACCCCAUUGAAGUUUCACUGUUUAUCACUCACUAUUGUGCUUUUUGUAAAAGUUUAAAUGUUUUCUUUAUUUUGUUCUUAAUUCGUAAGACUAUGUUUAUGGUUAUUUCUGAGACCAUGUUUGUGCAAUCUAUUCUUGUGUUUUUAUUGAAGUUUUACGACUUCAGGAAUCUUUUUAGUGCACUGUUCACGCACAUGGAAUUUCUUGUCAGUGGAUAAUGGUUAUCAUCAAUGGCCACUAUUGAUAGAUAUUAUUGGUUGUGGAUUGUCCACAAAUCAAGCAUUUCACCCAUUAUAAUACUAAAUUACUGUGAAAGUAGAAGUAGGCAAACAUCCUGGUCAUUUCAUUUAACCACCCCCAAAAAACACUACUAGGUCAUUAAUAUAGUGCAAUAAAUAAUUAACCACACAGAAACUUCCAGAACAAGAUUACUUCAAUCCACAAAGCGAACUUUAAUACAUUAAUGUAAGCUAAACUGUACAAUUAUGUUAAACGCAUAGUGUUUGAUACGUAAAACUUGACGUAAAUGCGGUAAACUGUAAAAUUUCCACGUUUUUGUUCUAAAAAUCCAGUCAUCCGAAUAUAGGAUACAAUAUGCCAUAUUAUACUCAAUUACAAGUUAGCCAAUGUUUUGGGAUACUGCGUCUUGUAUUUGGCUGGGUAGGCUUUGGCUGUCAAUUUAGUGAGAUGUAUUAGAUAUUUAGUUAGUAUUGCUCAUUGAGAAAAGUCGGCACAGCCAGAAGAGGACUGGCCACCCCUCAGCCUGGAUCCUCUCUAGGUAUGUCUUCCUAGGUUCUGGCCUUUCUAGGGAGUUUUUUUCUAGCCACUGUGCUUCUACACCUGCAUUGCUUGCUGUUUGGGGUUUUAGGCUGGGCUUCUGUACAGCACUUUGACAUCAGCUGAUGUAAGAAGGGCUUUAUAAAUACAUUUGAUUGAUAGUAAGACCCCAAAUGUGAACAUGUAGAGAGCAGUGGAAGCUGGUGAAAUGGUUAUUACCGUUAUUAGAGGUAUUACGUUUCAGCUUCUAGUUAAGUAGUUUCAUUAUUCAUAAUUGUGCUAUUGGCAAUCUUAUAUAACGAAUGAUUUGCCAUGUAAACAUUGUUUUUAUCAUUCUCCUAAAUGAAGAUGCAGCGCUUGUCUGUUCGGCUGUAAUUGUUUGAAUGACUGUUCUGUUAUACAGCCACAGAGGUUAGGCUACCUCCAUAUAUGCAAAAAAAAAAAGUGUUAUAUAGUUUUUGUUCAUUUUAGUGUCACCAUACGUUUAAUAUUUUAUUGUUUAAUUCGGAUAUUGGUUAAAAUAAGUCUUUAUGGCUUUAAAACACAAGUCCAAAGAUUGAGGGAACAAUGCAAUACUCAAUGAAGAGAUUUACAGUCGUUCAAAUUGGUUAAAGGGUUUUAACUAGUGUAAAACGAUGCAAAAGUAUUUUUCCCAAAAAGGGCUAGAAAUUGACUGGCCCCUCAACUAAGUACUAGUGAGUUUGUCACGCAAAUUAUAUUGAAAGAUGUUAUGUAUCCAAUAAAAUAUAUAUAUGGAGUGUAUGUUGAUAUAGAUCUAUCAUAUCACACUAUAUAUAUAUAUAUAUGUAUAUGUAUGUAUGUGGACACACCUGGAUUUAGCUAUUUAAGCCACACACGUUACUGACAGGUGUAUAAAAUCGAGCACAAAGCCAUGCAAUCUCCAUAGCCAAACAUUGGCAGUAGUAUGGCCUUACUGAGAGCUCAGUGACUUUCAACGUGGCACUGUCAUAGGAUGCCACCUUUCCAACAAGACAUGUAGCGUUAAGAUUUCCCUUCACUGGAGCUAAGGGCAAGAGCUAUGAAAAACAGCCCCAGGUCAUUAUUCCUCCUCCACCAAACUUACAGUUGUCACUAUGCUUUGGGGCAGGUAGAGUUCUCCUGGCAUCCGCCAAACCCAGAAUCAUCUGUCGGACUGCCAGAUGGUGAUGCGUGAUUCAUCACUCCAGAGAAUGUCAGCGAGCAUAACACCACUCUAGCCUAGCCUAUGCUUGGCAUUGCACAUGGUUAUCUUAGGCUUGUGUGCGGCUGCUCAGCCAUGGAAAGCCAUUUCAUGAAUCUCCCGAUGAACAGUUAUUGUGCUGACGUUGCUUCCAGAGGCAGUUUGGAACUUGGUAGUGAAUGUUGCAACUGAGGAAAGACGAUUUCAGCACUUGGCGAUCCCAUUCUGUGAGCUUGUGUGGCCUACCACUUCGUGGCUAAGCUGUUGUUGCUCUUAGACGUUUCCACUGGUCUAUGGAGAUUGCAUGGUUAUGUGCUCGAUUUUAUUCACCUGUCAGCAACGGGUCAGACUGAAAUGGCCAAUUCCAAUCAUUUGAAGGGGUGUCUACAUAAUUUUUGUAUAGAUAGAUGGAUAGAAAUAAAAAAUUAUUAUAUACUUAACUACGUUGAAUGAUUGCUUGGUCACCCGUCCAUUGAAUUGCAACUGGUUGUUUAAAUGGGCAGUUGGCUAUUGAAGAGCCAGGGUAGAUGGAGGGCUAAUUUAGAAGGAUACAUUUCAGUAAAACAUUUUAGCGAAGAAAAGAUUAUUAAUUAAAAUAUAUCUAUCUACUUGGGAGGUCAGGGGAAAUGUACUUUAAAGUGCAGGAAUACUACUUUAAAUGCAGCUCACCCAGAAAAUAGUCCCCUGCAUUUUACAGGUGAGCCAUUGAUGUGGAAGGGUAUUAUUGAGAGUGAUGCGGCAGGAGGAGCACUCCCUCUCUCCUGCACUGUAUUCUAACACACAGAAAACUAGGGCAUUGCUUUCUGGAUGGCUUGCAUUGGAGGGAGAGUUGGCGAAUCCCUAAUCCCCUUUUUAAAGGGUGAUAUAUUACAUUGUAUUCUGGCUCUAAAAAGAGGCAUAUCUUUUGUUCAGUUUUUCACCUCUUGUUAUUUUGUGAAUGUAAUUUAUGAUUUCAAAUUAUUUCUGUCAGUGUACUUGUCUUAUUUUUGUAUGUUUACUGUUCUAUGUUUGUUAGAAUUUCCAGAGUUUUUUUAUAUGAAUAUUUAAUAUAUGCAGUAUUUCUAAGGUUAGUACUGCAUUCUGUGCGUUGGGCCAGUAAGCGAAAGGAUUCUGGUUCAAAUCCCUGAGCCGACUAGGUGAAAAAUCUGUCUGUGCCCUUGAGCAAGGCACUUAACCCUAAUUUCUCCUGUAAGUUGCUCUGGAUAAGAACAUCUGCUCGAUGACAAAAAUGUAAAUGUGUUCAGCAGCCAUUUUGUUUGCAUUUCAGCCUUAUUGUGAGUGCAUGAGUGGUGUAUUUUAUGUGUAAGUAUACGCAGCAUUUUGGCAUAUUUAGUUUUUUUUUUCUCCAAACAGAAAUAAAUUAUUUUUUUGUUAA